CCGACGACCGAAGGCAGAGCUCCCCUGACCCCCACCCGGAUUCUUGGAGGGGGAGAGAAAGAGCCCCUCAUGAUGGGGAGGGGGAGAGCCGGGCGUUGAGCGCCCACCCCGCUGCCCUGAGCCCGGGGAGGGUGGCAGGGGCGCACAGGGGGCACCGGCUGGCUCUCCCCCUCCUGCCCGGACGACUGGGAUCGCUUAGGCCAGGGGUAGGGGUCCCCUCUCUCCACCCCUCCUGCCCCCCAAGCUCUGGGCCCGGCCCAGGGCAGCAGAGACACUCCCCACUUGCCACUUUGGCCUAAAAGUCUGCCCCUCCACCGACCCCCUAAGUGAGGGGCCCAGAGACAGGACUGGGGUGUUGGUGGUGGUAUCCUGUGCUCCCCAGAAGGGUCAGGGGCCGGCCCCCCCAUCUCUGUCCACUUUCUGCAACUCCCACCUCUUCUUCGUAUUUAUUUCCCUGCCCACUCCCCACACUCCCACCCCCAGCUAGCCCCUCCAUCUCUGUCUCCGUUGGGCCGGUGCCCCCCCAAUACUGCAUGGAGCGGAACCUGUCUGGCCUGGUGCCCGCAGCAGGGCUGGUCCCCGCGCUGCCGCCCGCCGUGACCCUGGGGCUGACUGCGGCCUACACCACCCUGUAUGCCCUGCUCUUCUUCUCCGUCUAUGCCCAGCUCUGGCUGGUGCUUCUCUACGGGCACAAGCGCCUCAGCUACCAGACCGUGUUCCUGGCCCUGUGUCUGCUCUGGGCCGCCCUGCGCACCACCCUCUUCUCCUUCUACUUCCGAGACACCCCCCGGGCCAACCGCCUGGGCCCCGUGCCCUUCUGGCUUCUCUACUGCUGUCCUGUCUGCCUGCAGUUCUUCACCCUGACGCUCAUGAAUCUCUACUUUGCCCAGGUGGUGUUCAAAGCCAAGGCGAAGCGUCGGCCAGAGAUGAGCCGAGGCCUGCUGGCCGUCCGGGGAGCCUUUGUGGGGGCCUCGCUGCUCUUCCUGCUGGUCAACGUACUGUGCGCGGUGCUGUCCCACCGUCGCCGGACCCAACCCUGGGCCCUGCUGCUGGUACGAGUUCUGGUGAGCGACUCCCUCUUCGUCCUGUGCGCGCUCUCACUCGCUGCCUGCCUCUGCCUGGUUGCCCGGCGUGCCCCUUCCACCAGUAUCUACCUGGAAGCCAAGGGAACCAGCGUGUGCCAGGCCGCAGCCAUGGGGGGAGCCAUGGUCCUGCUCUAUGCCAGCCGGGCCUGCUACAACUUGGCAGCGCUGGCCUUGGCCCCCCGGAGCCGGCUGGAUGCUUUCGAUUACGACUGGUACAACGUGUCUGAUCAGGCCGACCUGGUGAAUGAUCUGGGCAACAAGGGCUACCUGGUGUUCGGCCUCAUACUCUUCGUGUGGGAGCUGCUGCCCACCACGCUGCUCGUGGGCUUCUUCCGGGUGCACCGGCCCCCACAAGACCUGAGCUCCCUCAGCAGGCAGGUGUUCGGCUCCCGCUCCUAUUUCUUCGACCGCGCAGGCCACUGCGAGGACCAGAGCAGCUCCUGGGAGCACAGCCGGGGCGAGAGCACUAGCUUAUCAGGCAGUUUUGGCUCGGGCAGCUGGUACGGCACCUUGGGUCGAGAGCCCAGCUGGUGCGGGGGCAGCCAGACGCGGACCACACCCCUGCUCUUCUCCCAGGUGCUGGGACCCGGCGGCCACCACCACAGCCUCUACUCCACCCCCCAGACGUGAUCCGAUC